UAAACUGUAACUUUGAUCAAAUAAUGUGUUUGUAUGUACUACAUAAUAAGUAGCUGUCUGUACUUUAUCAUAGUUUGCAACUACGACGCUAAAUGUCUGACCCUGGACGCGUAUACCGGUCCAGCCAUAAUAUACAAUGUGCGCAUUCAUUGGCACGUCACUAUGUCAGACCUACUCUAAAGAUGGCGACCGCCUACGAGAAAUUCAACCUGCACACUACCCCAGAGAAGUUUUACAUUGAGGCAUGUGAUGACGGCUCCAAUGAUGUAUUGUCCAUUGACAGGGUGUCCACAGAAAUGAUCCUCACCGUGAGGAAGGACAUUCCUCCCCAUGCGGUCACCAGGCCAAUAUGUGGGAUCAUGGGAACUAUCCGUCUGGUGGCAGGCACGUACCUCAUCGUUAUCACAAAGAAGAAGAAGGUGGGUGACCUGUUGGGCCAUGCCGUGUGGAAGGCUAUGGACUUUGACGUUAUCUCUUACAAGAAGACUGUGCUGCACCUGACAGACAACCAGAUGCAGGACAACAAAGCCUUCCUGUCCAUGAUCAACAGUGUUCUGCUCACAGACGGCUUCUACUUUGCUACAGACUACGACCUGACCCACACUCUGCAGAGACUUGCAAACACCAGUCCUGAGUUCCAGGAGAUGAGUCUGCUGGAAAGGGCGGAUCAGCGGUUUGUGUGGAAUGGUCACCUGUUGAGAGAAUUCAUGCCACAGCCAGAGCUGCACAGGUUUGCUUUCCCAGUUGUCCACGGCUUCAUCAUUAUGAAGUCCUGCUGCAUCAAUGGGAAGAUCUUUGACUGGAACAUCAUCUCCAGGCGGAGCUGCUUCAGGGCUGGAGUACGUUACUACGUCAGAGGCAUUGACUCAGAGGGUCAUGCAGCUAACUUUGUGGAGACAGAGCAGAUUGUCCAGUACAGCGGGGGCAAGGCCUCAUUCGUACAGACCCGAGGCUCCAUCCCCUUCUACUGGUCCCAAAGACCCAACCUCAAGUACAAACCAAAACCUCAGAUCAGUAAAACCAUCAACCAUCUGGAUGGCUUCCAAAGGCAUUUUGACUCGCAGAUCAUCAUUUAUGGAAAGCAAGUGAUUUUAAAUCUGAUCGACCAGAAAGGCUCAGAGAAACAAUUGGAACAGGCCUUUGACAAAAUGGUGUCCAGCUUGGGCAACGGCAUGGUCAAGUACAUAGCGUUUGACUUCCACAAGGAAUGCAGUCGGAUGAGGUGGCAUCGCCUGCAGAUCUUAGUCGAUAUGGUGACAGAGAUGCAGGACGAGUAUGGGUACUUCCUGGUUGAUGUGGAUGGGAACGUUCUGGUGCAACAGGAAGGGAUGUUCCGCAGUAACUGUAUGGACUGUCUGGACCGUACCAACGUCAUCCAGAGUCUGCUGGCACGACGCUCACUGCAGUCACAGCUGGAGCGACUGGGAGUUCUCCACAUGGGCCAGAGGAUUGAAGAUCAGACCGACUUCGAGAAGAUCUACAAAAAUGCGUGGGCAGACAAUGCCAAUGCGUGUGCCAAGCAGUAUGCUGGCACAGGGGCCUUGAAGACAGACUUCACAAGAACAGGGAAGAGGACACAAUGGGGGCUGGUGAUGGACGGCUGGAACUCCAUGAUCAGAUACUACAAGAACAACUUCUCAGACGGCUUCAGACAGGACUCUAUUGAUCUGUUCCUGGGUAACUAUGCCAUUGAUGAGGCAGACAUGACCACACCCCUUCACGAGACCAAAGACUGGAAGUUCCUCACGUUGCCCAUUAUCAUGGUUGUGGCAUUCUCCAUGUGUAUCAUCUGCCUCCUCAUGGCUGGUGACACGUGGACGGAGACCCUGGCGUAUGUGCUGUUCUGGGGCACAGCCAGCUUCGUGACGGCUGGCGUCAUCCUCUUCAACGGUCGGGAGUUUGUAGACUCGCCCAAGCUGGUCCAGAAGGAGAAGAUGGACUGAAUGUGUGCGUGUGGAAAGCAGCUACGCCCCACAGACUUCUCCUCUUCAUCCCACUCUUCUUCAUCAUCGUUCCCUCAGCAUCAGCGGGCCUGGAGCCUGUACUGAUUACUGAGCCAACGGCAUGAGGAAGAGGAGGGUGAGGGUGGGGUGAGAGAAAGGCCAGGUGUAUGAUGUAGGGCUGUGAAGCAUACAGGGACUCGCUCUGCACUGGCCUGCUGCUGUCCACACCACUAGCACAUUGUUUGUGCUGGGGAAGAUCCCUAACCUUGUCCAUAGACUGACUGUAUAAGCUGAAAACUGUCUGAUUUUAUGAUACAAUACCCCACUACGGUAACACAGUUACCCCUCUGCACGGAAUGCAUAUGAACAGACACUGGCACUGCUGUUGUUGCCAUAGCAACCUUGACACGGGAACUACUUUUUCAAAAAUCUUGCCUUUUUUGUCGUUGUUUUUGUUCUAGCUACAUCAUGUCAUAUUUUCUGUGUUGGUUGCCAUAUUGUUUGUGUCAUUGCCCCUGAAGGGUCGAUCUGAACGUGGUGUCUUAGUGUGAUAGCCACUGGCACCCAAUAUGUCAGCUGUCUGACGGCCCAGCCCAAGCCAUGAUCCCAAAACUAGCUCACUAAUAGUCAUGGAGAGAACGUGCUAGCUGGCAAGUGAUUGGGGAGAGAAUUUUCUAGCUGGCCAACAGUCAGCUAGAGAAUGUGCUAGCUGGCCAAUGGUUGUUGAGAGAAUGUUCUAGCUGGCCAAUAGUUGGGGAGAGAAUGGGCUGAACUGUUUCAAUAGGGAACUUUAGUUAUGGUGUCCCACCACCAUUAAUGCCAUUGUAACUGGCCAUACUAUUCUCAAUCACUGCACUUCUGAGUGCACAGACAGACCCUCAAAGGGUUUCACAUGAGGAUUCCUCUGAGAUGUGACGAGAGGAAUGUUUGUCUGUCUGGCUGUCUAGUCUUCCCAGGGAUGGAAUGCUUCAUGAAACAGCUGGAAAGACAAAUCCUCAUUAGUUUCUGACAACUAAAAGGUGUGAGAGAGCAUCAAACUAUAUACUAUAGUGAGUAGCAUCUGUCUUUGACCAGUAGACUGCGAGGCCCAGACCUAGGCUAAUGAUGAAGCAUGGAUUUAAAGGUCCAAAUGCAGCCAUUUUUAUUUCAAUAUCAAAUCAUUUCUGGGUAACCGCUAAGUACCUUACUGUUAUUGUUUUCAAUUAAAAUGGUUGAAAAGAAAAUAAUUGGCUGGGAAUGGUUUUAGGGGAGGGGUAAACUGAACUAGCUGUUAUUGGCAGAGAGGUUUGGAAAUCUUUCUUAUUCAUUUAUUAACUAAUUUUUACCGUCGGGUGAUGUCACCAGGCAGGUCAAAACUCCAUCCCACCAAAACAGGCUGAAAUUUCAGGCGGUCUUUUCUAACACUAGAAGAGCAUUAUUAUUUCACAGUGUUAUUCCAACCUGGUAAUAUAUAUUAAUCAUGGGAAAAUAUAGUUUUUGACUGAACUGGGCAUUUAAACGAACCAAAGUCUCAUGGGGCAUUGGGGAUUUUAAAUGCCACUUGUCCCCCAUGACAAUUUCUUUGUUUUAGUGUGUCUCUGGAUGCGAAUGUGAACUGUUGCUCUCUCUUACACAAUCUUUCUCUAUAUUAUUUAUCCUUUGAUUAUUGGCUGUUCUGUAGCACUAGCCCCAAGUCAAAUUAUGCUGCCUUACCACAGGUAAGAGAAGGGGUGUUUAGUAGCAGGAUUGGGGCCAAUUCCAUAUCAAUUCAAUUCAGGAAGUAAAAUCCAAUUCACAAUUGUAUUCAUAUUGAAAAGCAUUGAGAACAUGUUUAAUUGGAAUAGGAAUUUCAGUUGACUUCCUGAAUUGAAAUGAAAUUGAGCCCAACCCUGGUGUAUAGUGUACAUAAUCAUUACAGGAUCACACUUACCUUACCUGCUGCCAGAGUGGCACCUGCUGAUCUGAGAAUGUUAAAGUAUGUCAUAUUAAAUUGAUUAUAUUGCCGCUUAUGUGUCUUCCCACUUCAACUGUAGUGGUACAAAACGACAAUGAGAGAGUACGUAGGUCCUAUAACUUUAAAUGUAGUGGUCCAAUAAUACAUUGGGGUAUGGUUACUAUGAUGAAGCAUAAGUUGGUUAUUAUGCUUCUCAAAGCUACAUAUUGAAAUGGCUCAUUUGCUGUAGCUAUAACCCUCGGUAUACAUAGGAUGCCAUGCAAAUGAACAACAGUACAUUCCGCUGUGCAUUAUCAGCCAUAAGCCUAUCGAAUACAAGAAUCAGCCAGCAUAGUGUCUCUUGCUGAUCUGUGUUUUUAAACAGAUGAUUUAGGUGCCAUGUUAACCUAGAUACAAUUCCAUAUAAUGACAAAGCAUUGUAUGCUUGUAAGAAUGAUGUGCUAUUUAAGCUGAGUCAUGUUUGAGCGGUUUUAGACAUAUUUUUGGUUUGACUGCUUUACCAAUGAAAAUGGGUUGCUACUGUUGGCUUAAUGCAGUAAUAAGAAAACAAGCUGGACCAGUUUUAAUUGUUUUCUAGGCCUAUAUUAUUGUCACUUGUUUUGUUUAUCAGAUGAUUUAUUUUGGGGGUGUUAUUUUCCAGGAUUUUAAUUUGUUAUUGUGUUUUUUUGUCACUUAAAACAUUGUGUCCAAGAAUGUGUAAUAAAUGUGUCAGUCAUUCUGUUCCAUUUCCUAAUAUUGUUCUAUUGAAAUGGUUAUUUUACACAAAAUGUAGCAUAUUUAUUGUCCAUAGUGUUUUCUGGUUUAGUUAAGUUUUAAGUGACAAUAUGGAAAAUACUAUUGGUACUGUAAUAAAAAUCAUUUUCCUUUAGGGGGUAGUUUA